CAAGGAUCUAGGACGCUGGUCGUGAUGUUUAAAUUGCAUUGAUUUGGCAAAGUAUCUAUGAGCAACCUCUUCUGGUGUUGUUACUGCGGUUUGGGGUGUCUCGGUCUGGAACGCAUGAGAUCCUUAUACCAAGCAUCCAAAAACCGUCCGCGCUUGUGCAUUGUUUUGUCCUUUUUACGUAGGGGAAGCAUGCUUUUUUCCGAGUAUACUUUCACCGCCCGAGACCGAGCGCAUUAGCGCCGACAAAGAGAGGGAUCCUCGACGGAUGUCCGUUUCACUUUUCUACUGUGUGUUGCUUUUCUCUAGAUCCAUGUCGCACCUGUGACGCAGAAAGGACCAGUUUCCCGCAGAUUUGGAAGCCCCACACGUUUGCUUCACGUUCCUGUUGAGGUUGAUGCUCGAAUCACG